AUGGUCCCUUUACUUAGGAAUAGUUUGCGUGCCCAGAGUCCUGUUAACAUCAGUUCAGUGACAAUGAAGCCUACUCAAUUUAUAUGUAAAUACAGCCAGUACACGACAUUUCCCGUGUCCGACUUCCAAACACCGUUACACAGUCAUAAUUGCGGGUACACCUUGUACAACUCUGACCAGACAACUCGUAAUACUGCACUAAACGAAAUUAAGAUGGCCCGCUCGUUCCUGUUAGCCCUGCUCGUGCUACUUGCCAUAGUAUGCCAAAUCAAAAGUGCGCCAAGUAGGAGAAUUCGCACCACAUCGGUUGAUGGGGAAACUGAAACUACAUCAGAGCAACAAGGCAAAGUUGAAGAAGUCCCUAAAGAAAAAACGAAGGAAGCAUCAAAGCCUUCGAGUAGGCGAAACAAAGCAUUAAAUUUAUUUUCCGGUUACUAUCCAUCAUUUCUGUCAUCCAGCUUAGAUUACUCUGAGGACGACGAUGAUGACAUUACUUUUGCACUGAAUGACGAUCACUUUGAUGAAGAUGACAUUUCCAGAACAUUACCUUCAAAACGGCGCCAGCAGAACAAGAAAAAGAAUGGAAGUGGAGACACUUUCCCCAAUGAUAAUCUUAAUUCUCUGCAAUACGAUAAUUCACCAAUUUUCUACAUUAGGUUGCCCCCAACACCGUACAUGUUUGUACCAGGCUUAGGCUAUGUUUCACAACCCCCAACUCUUGGACCAGCGAUGCCCCCAAUGUUACCUCAAGGCCCAGCUGAUCCUUUCAUUAACCUGCCAAUUGACUUUGUUUCCAAUGGAAAGCCAACUGGUGUAUAUCAAUGGAGUGGAGCCCCUAGUUAUUCCCCAGGACCACAAAUGCCUAUGGACCCAUACGGAUACGGUGCUCAGCCUGCUAUGCAACCAGUUCACCACCAUUCAAAUUAUAAUACACAAUCUUACAAACCUAAACCCAAACCAGCACCAACAAACUCCAAGGUUACAAACCUUAAAGGUCCAUUUGUUUUCAAUGGCAAGCCUGGUGAUAAUGUAUACGUCUUGCGAGACACUUAUAAUUCGAUAUAUUCAGAUGCUCUCCAAAAUUUCUAUCCU